AUGGCAAAGCAAACAUUCAUCUACUGUUUCCUAUUAGCCAUCGUCAUCUUUUGGGCUCCCUUUUCUUCAGCUCAGAAGAAAACCCUAACCGUUGAGCUAAUCCACCGUGACUCUCCUCGUUCUCCCCUCUACAACCCUCUUCACACUGUCUCCAACCGUCUCAACGCCGCUUUCCUCCACUCAAUCUCCUGUUCCCGCUAUUUCUCAACAAAAACUGAUAUCCAAUCUGGUUUAAUCGGAAACAGCGGCGACUACUACAUGGCCAUCUCAAUCGGUACUCCAGCGACUAAAGUCCUUGCCGUCGCCGACACAGGAAGCGAUCUGACUUGGAUCCAAUGCAAACCGUGCCAGCAGUGUUACAAACAAAACGGUCCAAUCUUCGACAAAAGCCAGUCCUCGGCAUACAAAACCGAAUCAUGCGAUUCUACAGCUUGCCACGGGUUAUCCAAAGACAACGAAGGAUGCGACGAAUCGAGAAACAUAUGCAAAUACCAAUACUAUUAUGGAGACAAUUCGUUUUCCAAAGGAGAAGUUGCAACCGAAACAUUAACCAUUGAUUCUUCCUCUGCCUCCCAUGUUUCUUUCCUUAGUACAGUCAUUGGUUGCGGUUACAAUAACGUUGGUACGUUCGCAGAAACCGGAUCUGGAAUCGUCGACCUCGGAGGCGGUCCGUUAUCUUUAAUUUUGCAGCUCGACUCUUCAUUAGGAAAGAAAUUUCCGUAUUGCUUGUCACACACGUCAUCUACAUCAAAUGAAACAGCUUCCUAA